ACACUUAUAUCAACCGUCGAAAGAGGAGCGUGCGUCGUGCUGUCGUCGCGCGUGAAUUGAAAAUUAAAAACUCGUAUUAGCCCGCAUCCAAUUGUUGCUCGCGAUUUAUUUGUGCAGUGUGUCGGGAGUCGAAGAUAUUCGUCCGGGGAAUCCGAGAUAUUUGGUGGCAAGGUCACAGCUGUGCGGGUGAAGUUUAAAUCGAGGCAUCGAAUCUGCAUCUCGGGCGUCGUUUCAAAGUUGUUCUGCCUGUUUCGUCUUCUGUGCUCCGCCUCCCUCCGUCCACUCCAUUUUACACUCCAACACCUUCUCCCCCACGACCUCAUCCUCCUCCACCGAGCUGGAGGUGUACCCCUGUGCGUGUGCGUGGCUCGCGACAAUGUUGAGGCCGUGAAAAGUGCAACAGUCCGGCGGAGAAUCAGAAAAAAAAAAAUAAACAAAAGUUGGAUCACCCACAACGCCAGAUGGCCGAGGAGCCCAACACCAUCGAUCGGACCGAUACCGAUCAGGAGCUGAUGCUCCACCAGACCACCCAGUCCCUGCUGAUGGCCAGCUCCAUGAUGUUUGUGGAUCAUCCCGGCGGUGCUGCCUCCCUGCCCAUGGCCAUGCCCCGGCCCCUGCAUGCGCCGAUCCCCUACAGCGUGGAUGAGCUGCUGCGGGAGAACAAUACCCUCCAUGCCAAGAUCAAGGAGCUGAGCAUCGAGCGGGAUCGUUUGCUAUGCGAGGUGUCCAAUCUGCGUCUGGAACUGGACAUGUCCGAGCUGAAGAGGCUGCCAGUUGACUUUGGUGAUGAGAGCUUUCCCCAGAAGAGCCUGGAACGCAGUGGCUCCACCCAGUACGAUUUGGCUGGCGCACCACCCCAGGGAUCCGUCAGUACCUCCACCGACGGCAGCAGUGUCGGCGGCUAUGUCUACCUGCAGAACCACUAUGCUCCCGGGGCCCACAGCGCCUCCGCCGCCAUCAACUAUCCUGCGCAACAGCAUCCCCAGAUGGUCUACCAGAUCCAGCAGUAUCCCACGUGCCAUCAGCAGCAGCAACAGCAACAGCAGCAUCACCACCAGCACCUCCACCAGGCCGCCACCGGUCACUAUGUCCAGGUGGCGGGUCAGUACCACCACCAUCACAUGCUCCACGGGCAUGGCCAUCAUCAUGGCCAUGGUGGGGCGGUGGUCAUAGCGGGCAGUGGAGUUGGCACUGGUCUGGGGGCCGGAGCCACCAGUGUGAUGAUGCAGCACCAGCAACAGCAGCAGCAGCAGGGCAUGCACAAGAAGAACUCCAUCCGGAAUGGAGGGGAUGUCCUCAAGCGGACAAGGGCGCAGUCGGCCUACGAACUCUCGCAAGAUCUGCUCGAGAAGCAGAUCGAGCUGCUGGAGCGCAAGUACGGCGGUCUGCGAGCCCGCAACGCAGCGGUGACCAUUCAGCGCGCCUUCCGCCACUACAUGAUGGUGAAGAAGUUCGCCUCCAUCACGGCCAUGGCCAAGGCCGAGAAGCGUCUAUCCCGGCGCAUGGUCGUUACGGCCAGCAACAUGACCCUGGCCGAGGCGGAUGCCACCAAUACCUCCACCUCCUCAGCCUAUGGCAGUGUUACAGAAUCUCAACUGGAGCAACAGCAGCAACAGCAACAACAACACCAGCAACAACAACAACAACAGCCACGUGUCACGAUCAUGGCGGGUCCACCGGGAGCAGCUUCUCCGGGCUUAUCGCGGACACCGCCCACGCGUUCACUUUCCAUGCGGGAGCGACGUCAGCUGGACUGCAGUCCCAUACCGCGUAGUCAGUCAGGAGCCUCCCCCGCCUCCAUAGCCAGCACAACGGCCAGUUCUGGUGCCUUGGCCUCGCAUCCUCACGUGAAUCUGUUGCAUGCCGCCGAGCCGCAUUAUUACAACGCCCAGGCCAUGCCCACAGCGGCCGCCUACUACACCAGCUACCAUGGCUCGCCACAUGACCUGAGCUAUGCCAGCUCGGCGGAUACCUCUCUGAACGCCUCCUGGGUGAACUCCAGCAGCGCCAACACCACCGGCCACUCCCCGCACACGCCCUACUACUCGGCGGCCCAGAUCUAUAUGCGACCCAAGGGCGGCAGCACCACGCCCACGCCCAGCUGCAGCGGCAGCACAGGGAGCGGCAGUGGGGGCAGUGGCAGCGGCAAGAAGGUGCCGCCGGAGGUGCCCAAGCGGACCAGCUCCAUAACCGCCCAGCAGCAGAGCCAGCUGUUGUUGCUGCAGCGACAGACGCCACCGCCUCCGUCGCUGUUGCGAACCAACGGGCUCUGCAAGACGGCGGAGAACGGCAGCCUGACCUCCGUGCAGAGCUCCGGCUCGGACUCGAGUGUCACCUCCGCGGAGCGCAACAUGAACAGUGACUUGGGCUCGGACCGCAGCAACUCCCCCCACACAUGGAAGCGCGGCACAGCCCUGAACAGCUCCCAGCAGUUCUCCACCCACUCCGCGGACUCGGCUGGAGCAGCCCCCGGCCAUGGAGUUGGCGGCGGAGCUGGUGGCUAUGCCGCCCAGAUGCAGGCCGCAGUGGCAGCUGCCACCGCAGUGGGUGGACUGCCCCCGGCCGACGACCAUGCUAUAUCCUCGCACACGAGCGCCGCCCAAUACGAGCAGCAUGAGCAGCAGCAGCACGAGCAGCAGCAACUGCAGGCGGCGGCCGCGGCCGCUGGGGUGGCCCAGAACUACAAGAUGUCGGAGACGAUACGCAAGAGGCAGUACCGCGUCGGCUUGAAUCUCUUCAACAAGAAGCCGGAGAAGGGCAUCACCUAUCUGAUUCGGCGGGGUUUCCUCGAGAACACGCCCCAGGGAGUGGCCCGGUUCCUGAUCACCCGUAAGGGUCUCUCCCGCCAGAUGAUCGGCGAGUAUUUGGGCAACCUGCAGAACCAGUUCAACAUGGCUGUGCUCAGCUGCUUCGCCAUGGAGCUGGACCUGUCCGGCCGGCAGGUGGAUGUGGCUCUGCGCAAGUUCCAGGCCUACUUCCGGAUGCCGGGUGAGGCGCAGAAGAUCGAACGUCUGAUGGAGAUCUUCUCGCAGCGCUACUGCGAGUGCAAUGCCGAUAUCGUGGGGCGACUAAGAUCAUCCGAUACGAUCUUUGUCCUGGCUUUUGCCAUCAUCAUGCUGAACACGGAUCUGCAUACGCCCAAUCUGAAACCGGAGCGUCGGAUGCGCGUCGAGGACUUCAUCAAGAACCUGCGCGGCAUCGACGACUGCCACGACAUCGACAAGGACAUGCUGACCGGCAUCUACGAGCGCGUCAAGUCGGACGAGUUCAAGCCCGGCAGCGACCACGUCACUCAGGUGAUGAAGGUCCAGGCCACCAUUGUCGGCAAGAAACCGAAUCUGGCCCUGCCCCAUCGCCGGUUGGUCUGCUACUGCCGCCUCUACGAAAUCCCCGAUGUGAACAAGAAGGAGCGACCGGGUGUGCACCAGCGGGAGGUGUUCCUCUUCAACGAUCUGCUCGUCAUCACGAAGAUCUUCAGCAAAAAGAAGACCUCAGUCACGUACACAUUCCGCAACAGCUUCCCGCUGUGCGGCACUGUGGUGACGCUGCUGGACAUGCCCAACUAUCCGUUCUGCAUCCAGCUGUCGCAGAAGGUGGACGGCAAGAUCCUGAUCACGUUCAAUGCCCGCAACGAGCACGACCGCUGCAAGUUUGCCGAGGACCUCAAGGAGUCGAUCAGCGAAAUGGACGAAAUGGAGUCGCUGCGCAUCGAGGCCGAGCUGGAGCGCCAGAAGUCGGCGCGCAACCGGGCCCCCGGCAAUGCCGAGAACCGGGACAGCGGUGUGGCCGAUGUGGAGGUGUGUCCAUGUCCCUAUCAGGCGGGAUCCCAGGCAGCCGGGGAGCAGGCACCCAACUCGGCCGAUUCCACGCAACAGCUGAAGCGCAGUGCGCUGAGCAACAGUCUCCUGGACAUGCACGAGCAGUUUGGCAACGAGAAACCUCAGAGGAGGGGAAGCGUGGGCUCUUUGGACAGCGGCAUGAGCAUCUCGUUCCAGUCCACCACCACGUCGAGCGCCUCUCGGGAUAAUGCCGCCGCCAUAGCUGCGGCAGCCAAUGCAGCGGCAGCGGCCAAGAUGCGCUUCAACAUGCCACCCACGGCGGCAAUAGCCACUCCGAAUGUCUAUGCAGCACCGGGAAUGCAGGCCUACACCCACGCCAACUUUGUGCAACAAUCUCAGGCUGCUUACAUGCUGCAGCAGCAACAAAUGUUGCAGCAACAGGCACAACUGCAAGCUCAGGCACAGGCUCAGGCACAAGCUCAGGCUCAGGCCCAGGCGCAGGCGCAGCCCCUCACAGGCAGGAUACCGGGUCGGGAGAGGAAGGCCUCCCGCACGGACGAGAACGGACGGUCGACGGAGGUCUAAGUCAAAAUCUGUUUAGAAAUAUCUGUUAAAUCCGAAUCGAAACGAACCGAACGCCAUUUAUCUUCAGAACCUAACACCUAACUGCUUGAGAGUAUAUAGUGAAUUCUUGAAUGUUCCUUCGUUCUCUACUUAUAUUAUUGUAAAUAAAUUCAACGAUUAUCUGUUUCCACAAACACUAUCUACAAAGCACUAAAAUAAGUUUCUAAAACUAAACUGUAUAUACAACGGUAAACAUAUAUAUAUAUAUAUAUACACUCGAAAAAAAUAACUAUUUGCUAAAUAUUAUGCAUAAUACACAUAAUUGUAUAAUUCUAAUCUUUCUCCAAAAAAAAAAAACACCAACUUUCAAACAACAACUUACUAAAAGUCCAUACCCUUUUUCUAAUCUAAUCCUCUAUCGAUUGCGAUCUAUCUAUGUAGAUCUAUUAGCAUAUAUUAUGUAACACACACACCCCCGUUAAAUGCGCGCUAUGUAUAUUAUAUAUAUUUUCUUUACCAAACCAUCUAUAUAAGUACGUUUGUGUAACCAAAAUAAAAAAAAUUCGCGUAGUAUAUACCGCGUGUGUGUGCGUGUAUAUACCUUGAAUAUUAAUUUAAAAGCAAUUAGCUAUAAUUAUUCAUAUUUAUAGAGCCAAAACUACCCAAAACCUAAAAUAUUAAAUACGAGUAUAACGCAAAACCCGAACGCGGACGCAAAAGUAUAUAAAAGUUUCAAAACAAAAA